GCAUUUUGAGUCUUUUAGAUUUUUAUAAAACAUAUUUACAAAAUUCUCGUUGGCCAGCAAUGCUCUCCCGAAAGGAAAUAGUGUCUAUUUUACUCCUGUUGACAGCGCAUUACCCCUGACAGAUGAUCUGCAUAUUGAACGCGGCUUUGUUUUGCAACAUAAUGCCCAUAGCCACGAGCUAUGAGCAGUUGGCUCAACAAACCAUUAACGCGGGCACCGCCUAUAUUUGCAUCCUGUACGCCCUGAGCACAUGGGUAUAUCACUCGAACUACUCGGAGCCCCGGCGGCAAAUACGCUACGUGGUGGGCUCUCAAAUGCUCUAAUUGCAAUGCUGAUACUUUUGAUUGCGGCCAACUUGGCGGGGCUAGUGACGGUCGUUAAAACGCUGUUCAUGUCCGACCUAAGCGAGGCCAUGGACAUGAGGGAUCUAUUCAGCUCGUUCGGUUAUUUGUGUCGCACAGUGGCAGCUGUGCUGUUCGUGAUAACACUUUUGCUGCUGAUAAUUAUUCUGAUAAUUGUCACUAUAACCGCAUGCAAUCAUUCGUGGUCCAUAUCGAGCCGUCAGGACUCUAAGGAAGACCUGCCAUAACAAGGAUAUUCUACAGCAGCUGCCAUUCGGCUGGCAGGACUGCAGCAGAAAAAUUGGUUUUCAUGUAAUGUCAAAAAUUUUGUGUUGCCUGCGUGCCAAAAAGUAUAUAAAUAUUUUACUCGUAACCCAGACAGAGGCUCCACCAGGUAAUAAAAACAUAAAAAUAUAUAUAUAUA